AUGGUAGUUUUAGUGCUCUUGCUGCUGGCACUGUUUCCUCACAUGGUAUGCAAGGCUCACACUCUUCAGUGCAGUAUCCUUUAUCCUCACUCUCCACUUCACACAUAUCACCAGUCAGGAGACCUCAUCAUCGGUGGUGUGGCUUAUCAUGCUGGCAUCGUCACCAGUUUACUACCUUUCACAGAAGAACCUCUGCCAGUGUUGACGGAACCAUUUGUUUACGUCCCCAAUUUCAAACCAUUUCUUGAGAGCCGAAAUCCUUCCAUUACAAAAGAAGAUGGUUUUAUCAAGGACUUCUGGCAACAGGCAUUUAGCUGUGUAUUCUCAGAUCCAGAUGUGGAAGAUGUGGAAGGGGAUAUUUGCACUGGGGAGGAGAAACUGGAGAGCCUUCCAGCACCAUUCUUUGAGAUGGGCAUGAAUGGCCACAGCUAUAGCAUCUACAAUGCUGUCUAUGCUGUAGCCCAUGCUUCACAUGACAAGUUUUCAUUUAGAUUCAGAGCAAAGGAAGGCAGAGGAGGCCAGAAGUAUCAGAAUCAACAGUUGUGGCAGAUCCAUCACUUUCUCAGAAGUGUGUCCUUUAACAACAGUGGAGGAGACAAUAUUUAUUUUGACCAAAAUGGGGAGUUAGUGGCUGGAUUUGAUAUAAUCAACUGGAUUGUUUCUUCAAACCAAUCAUUUCACACAGUGAAAGUUGGGAGUGUAGAUGCCAACCAAGUCUUCAGAAUCAAUGCAAAUGCUAUUACAUGGUACGACCAGUUUAACCAGUCCCAGCCUCUUUCUUUAUGCACUGAGAGGUGUCACCCAGGUUUUAGGAAGAAAGUGAAAGAAGGAAAGCCAUUUUGCUGCUAUGAUUGCAUCUCAUGCCCAGAAGGGAAGAUUUCAGAUCAGGAGGACAUGAAUGACUGUAAUAAAUGUUCAGAUGAAGACUAUCCAAACAGGAACCAGGACAUGUGUAUUCCCAAGGAUAUAAGCUUCUUGUCUUAUGAAGAACCUUUGGGCAUCAGCUUAGCUUGCUUUGCUCUUUCCUUUUCUUUGAUCACUGCUCUGGUGCUGGGAACAUUUUUGAAGCACCACAACACGGCCCUUGUCAAAGCCAACAACCGAGACCUCACCUACACUCUCCUCAUCUCACUCCUACUUUGCUUUCUUUGUGCAUUGCUAUUUAUUGGCCGACGUGACAAGGCGACCUGUCUCCUCCGACAAACUGCUUUUGGCAUCAUCUUCUCAGUAGCUGUUUCUUGUGUGUUGGCAAAAACCAUCACAGUGGUUCUGGCUUUCAUGGCUACUAAACCAGGAUCCAGGAUGAGAAUAUGGGUGGGAAAGAGACUGACCAAUUCUGUUGUUAUUUCCUGUUUUCUUAUUCAAGCAGGCAUCUGUACUGCGUGGCUGGGAUUCUCACCCCCAUUCCCUGAUGUUGAUAUGCACUCAGUGGCUAAGGAAGUUGUUCUAGAGUGUAAUGAGGGAUCUGUGGCUAUGUUUUACUGUGUCCUGGGCUACAUGGGUUUCCUGGCUCUUGUCAGCUUUACUGUGGCUUUCUUUGCCAGGAAGUUACCUGACAGUUUCAAUGAAGCAAAGUUCAUUACUUUCAGUAUGCUGGUUUUUUCCAGUGUCUGGUUAUCUUUUGUUCCAACCUACCUCAGCACCAAGGGAAAAUACAUGGUAGCUGUGGAGGUCUUCUCUAUCUUAGCUUCCGGUGCUGGUCUUCUGGCUUGCAUCUUUGCUCCCAAAUGCUAUAUUAUUUUGUUGCGACCUGAGUUGAACAAUAAGGAACAUCUAAUAAGAAAUAGGGCAUGA